AUGUUCCAAUUGAAGAGACAUGCCUUUGUGCUUGCUUGUAUCAUUGUUAUUGGUAGUAAUCACUAUGUGGCGGCGCUAGUGGGACCAUCUUUUGGACGCCCCGUACCUACAAGGGAGCGAGCUACAAGCACCACAACUCUAGCAACAACAUUAUCACCUACAACAACAACUGAAGCUUCAAAUGUCCAUAACCAUCCGAAAUUUUAUGUAUCUGAGAAUCAGUUAAAUUGGUUCGGCGCAACCGUUUAUUGCCAAGAGCUGAAUUGGCGGCUUAUUGCUUUGGACUCUGCUGAGAUCACGGUAGAAUUCGAGGAGUUUCUUACGAAAUUCAAUUUACGAAAUCGUGCUUGCUGGACCGCCGGUAAUCAGCUAACCGAUAUGAAGACGUGGCGUUGGGAACUUGGCGGAAAACCACUAAAUUACACCCAUUGGGCACCACAUCAACCGGAUAAUUAUAAAAAUCGGCAACACUGCAUAGCUUUGUUUGCCAAAAGUUUGCAAUGGGACGAUGAUUUUUGCGAGUCCGCACAUUAUUUUGCGUGUUUGAAAAAUUAA